ACCUGCCAUCCACCUCGGCUCGAGGGGGACGCUCAGCGGGGAUAGAGAUCGACAUCCGCGCGGAGUCAUCUUUGCCCAUGCGGAAUUGUGGCUUCAUAUUCACGUUUCCCGAUCCCGACAGCCCUGACAUGCUUAUCAUGGAUGACGAUGAGAAUGUGGGCGUCCUUGUCGAUCUGGACGCCGAUGAAGAACCUCCCCUGAUGGCUCAACAUGCGUCGCAGCCAGCCAUUCUGUCACAACCGAGUACAUCUUCUGCGAGGCCCGGGACCACUAGGUCACGCAGGGAGUCACCUCAGAGGCGUCCUCGGACGGGUUCCGUGGAGUCGAGCGAAGAAGACGACUACAACAGCGACGUGCACGACGACGGGGACAAGUCCGUCGCCAGACCUCCUACGGCUUCCUCGAGUACGAGAGGCAAAGGCAAAGGCAAAGGACCACCUCCACGGCGCCCUCGAGCCUCGGCACCAGCUGCAAGUGCCGCUCGGUCCUCGUUGGACGCAGUCUCAGCGGCUUUUGUCGACGGCAUGCAAGGCGGCGAUCCCGAUCCCGACAUGGACGAGGACAACGAUGCAAAUGCAUGGAUGGACGCCCUCCUCCUGCCACGCAGUAAGGGAAAGGCACCUGCGAGGGGCAGACCGGGAAGGCCGCGAGGCUCUGGCACAAGAGGCCGUCCGGCCAGGAAUGCUAGCUCUCGGCGGAAGACUACGCAUCUGGCUGUCGCCCACGCCUCGGGCAGCUCGUCCAUCCACGCCUCCGCCCCCGUCCGUGCACCUGAACCCAUGCGCCUGCCCUCUCCCCUUGGUGCGAGAGCACAAGCACAAGCGUCUGGGUCCUCGCGAGCUGCACAACCCCGCGAUGAACGGCCUCUCCCGCUGUUCUUCCCGUCUCCUUCGCCGCCCGCCCCGACUCCGGGACGCAAGCGAGCCCGCUCGCUCCACGCCGACGACGUGAUCGAGAUAGAGAGCUCGGACGACGAACGACCAUCGCUGCCUGCACCGAAGCGGCGGCCGCGUUAUGCUCGUGCUAGCGACCCUUCGUCGUCUCAGCCUAGCAGGCUCAGCGACACCGGCUACUUGCGGGACGCUGAAGUGAUCAUUGAUUUGACCGUCUAAGUCGCGCUUUUCUUGAUGUCUACUGGUUCUUGAGUUUUCUUGGAAUGCGAUUGCGUAGCGUUGGGACCUUGCAUCAUAUUGUAUUAUAAUACGAUCUACUACUGUGAAUAGUGCAAUACAUCCGAGAUUAGUUGUAUUCCAGGGGCAAAAGACCAUAACUCACCCAACAUUCUCUUGUGUACUUUAGCAGUCAGGCAUGUAGCUCCGGGGAUGCAUUGGCUGUGGUAUGUCGGAUACAGACGUUGAUGCCAGCGAGCAUGCGUGCCGUCG